GGAAUUAUACGACAGAAUAUAGAUUCCGAAGGUAGUAGAAUUGCAAAUUUAAACUUUUACCGUCUACCACCAAUCUAAAAUACCCAACUUGCCCCUCGCAUUUUAGCUUUCUGUCUUUUCACCAAAGAUUCUCUCCCAAUCACCCUUUAGCCCAACCCUCUCUCGUCUCUCUCGGCACGAUCAGAGCUCAGAUCUCAAAACUCAAAUCGAAUCAAACCCACAAACUUGAUCGAACAUGACUCUCGGCUCUGGAGGAUCGAGUGUCGUCGUUCCGAGAAACUUCCGGUUGCUGGAGGAACUGGAACGUGGGGAGAAAGGUAUUGGAGAUGGAACUGUGAGCUAUGGAAUGGACGAUGGUGAUGACAUCUACAUGCGCUCUUGGACUGGCACCAUCAUCGGUCCCCACAACGUAACUGUUCAUGAAGGUAGGAUCUAUCAGUUGAAGCUCUUCUGUGACAAAGAUUACCCUGAGAAACCCCCAACUGUCCGGUUCCAUUCACGUGUCAACAUGACUUGUGUCAACCAUGAAACUGGAGUGGUGGAUCCAAAGAAGUUCGGACUUCUUGCGAACUGGCAAAGGGAGUACACGAUGGAGAAUAUACUGGUACAACUGAAGAAAGAAAUGGCUGCGUCGCAUAACCGUAAGCUUGUUCAACCUCCAGAAGGCACUUGCUUCUAGUAGCUUCCGGAAUCUUCUUCUGGCCUGCUCAAAAAUCUUUGCCCCUUCUAUUACUAAAAUAUGUAUCUUGGGGGAAUCCAUUGUCGUUCUCAAACUUUUUUCAAAUUUAUGAUAAAAAUGGUCUAUGUGGAUUGUGAUGAUGAUGAUGUUCGAUUAAUCAUCUGAAGUUUAUCCUUUGUGUGCAAAAUUAUUAAAAACAGCGUCUUCUCCAGUCCAUAUGUGUUCAAUCUUUUGAAUUUUCUUGUUGAUGA